AUGCUGAGCUGUGUUCCAGUUGCAGAUAACCUGAGCAGCACCGAGGCGAAAAGCACAAUCACUGCGAUUAUUGUGAUUCUGGUUCUCAGUCUACUGAGUUCCCUGCUGAGUUCUGGAUUUACCUUCACUAAUGCUGUCAGUAAUCCCUACCAGACGUUUCUGGGACCCAUUGGAGUCUAUACCUGGAAUUCCUUAUGCGGGAUCUUCACACUUAUAGCCAUGAUACUUUUUCCUGUGAACAUAGAAGAAAACAGUCUGUCUGUAGAGUUGGCCCUUACAUGUUUAUCUAUUCAGCAGACACAUGACAAAUCUGUACACUCGUAUGGAUAUUCGUAUUGGAUCAUGCUGCUCAUCAUUUUCCUGAACAUUGCUUCUAUCAUCAUCAUAUAUUUCUAUGAUCACGCAAGGUAUUCUAAGAAGAAAGAACAGGAGAGACCCAUUGAAAAUGCACCAAAAGACGUCAUUCUCUUUUGA